AUGGAUUGGACUGGAACAAUUUUAAUAUUAUUAAUAUUUCUUCUUGCAAUUAUGUUCCUUUUGAAAAAGGGCAGUUCCUGGAAUAACAACUCCCCCAAUCUCCCUCCGGGACCCAGGACCAUACCUAUUUUGGGAAAUCUGCACAUGAUGGAUCUGAAGAGGCCUCACAGAACAAUGAUAGAGUGGUCAAAAGAAUAUGGUCCCAUUUUCCGCAUCAAACUGGGACUCCAGGAGAUGGUGGUGCUGACUGGCUAUGAGACGGUCAAAGAAGCUCUAGUGAACCAGGCUGAUGCAUUUGCAGAUAGGCCCUUUGUUCCCAUUUUUGAAGAUGUAACAAAAGGGUUUGGUCUUGCAUUUGCUCGUGGUGAGCACUGGAAAGUGAUGCGACGGUUUACAUUAUCCACAUUACGGGACUACGGAAUGGGCAAGAGGACCAUUGAAGACAAAAUCACAGAAGAGUGUAGUGUCUUAACGAAGACAAUGGAGACUUAUGCAGGAAAACCCUUUGACGUCAAAAGAAUUUUGACUGCUGCUGUUUCCAACAUCAUUGUUUCUAUUCUACUUGGGAAACGCUAUGAAUAUGAAGAUGCCACAUUUCUAAGAUUGCUAUUUGCUAUAAGUGGCACGUACAUCAUUCCCUUGCUGACUUCUGUGCUCCAUGAUGAAUCUCAGUGGGAGAAACCUCACGACUUCUAUCCUGGGCAUUUUCUUGACUCUGAAGGAAAAUUUGUGAAAAGGGAUGCAUUCAUGCCAUUUUCCGCAGGUCGGAGAGUAUGUGCAGGUGAGAACCUUGCCAAAAUGGAGCUCUUCCUCUUCUUCACCAGCCUCUUGCAGAAAUUUACCUUCCAGCCACCCCCGGGAACAUCUAAAGAUGACCUGGAUCUGACUCCUUGUGUUGGACUUAUUUCCUCUCCCAUGCCAUACAAGACCUGUGCUGUGUUACGUUGA